AUGAACACAAACAUUUUUUCAACUUGGACUUUAGCCUCUGAGCUGAGGAGCAGCUGCAGCAACUGCAGGAACUGCAGAGGAGGAGAAGUGAGGAGGUGAAAUAAAGGACAUAGUAGAGGAGAGAGGAGAAGGAGGUCAGGCCAUGAAGGUGAACAAGGUGAAGACUGCAGGAGGAGGUGCAGAGGAGGAGCAGGAGGAGACCCUGAUGACAGAGCUGAACAGACUGGUGCAGGAGACACUGACGAGGAGCAGCUGGUGGGAGAGGAGGGGUGAGGACUGCUGCAUCCUGGGAACAGCCUUCCUCUGUCUGCCACCAGCCUUCCUGCUGCUCUCCUCCACCCAUCUCACCUGGUUUUUAGUCGGCGUCAUGCUGAUGGGUGUGGCCCACGCCGUCAUCACCAUCAAAGGGACACAUCUGGCCAGUCAUGGGGCGCUGAGCGAGUCGCCCACCUGGGCCAAGUUCUGGGCUGUCUUCUUCAUCGAGAUCUGUGGGUCUUUCUCGGCGCGGGCCGGUGUCCAGGGUCACAUCAAGAUGCAUCACGCCCACACCAACAUCAUCGGACUGGGAGACUCCAGCGUGUGGAAGGUUCCAUUCCUGUCUCGAACCAUCUACCUGUUCUUCGCCCCUCUGGCCGUUCCCAUCAUCACUCCUCUGGUGGCAUUCGCCCACCUCAGAGGUCACUCUCUGGGCCUCAUCUUCAGGACUGCCCUCACGGUGUCACUGGGUCUGUACUCACAGUACUGGCUCCUGGUCCAUGUUUCUGGGUUCAGGUCUCCCCUCAGCGCCCUGUUCUGUAUGCUGGUCUGCAGGGCCAUGUUCGCUGUGCCCUACAUCCACGUCAACAUCUUCCAGCACAUCGGUCUGGCCAUGUUCUCUCCCAGCAGGCGGCCCAAACGGAUCCAGCAGAUGAGUCACGGGGUCUUGAACUUACCCCGGAACUUGGUUCUGGACUGGAUCUUUGGACACUCUCUGAUCAGCUGCCACGUGGAGCAUCAUCUCUUCCCCUUCCUGUCGGACCACAUGUGUCUGAAGGUGAAACCCAUCGUAUCCAAAUACCUGCUUGAAAAGCAGUUUCCGUACCACGAGGACUCCUACUGGUCCCGCCUUCGCUUCUUCUUCAGUCGGUACCAGGAGCUCAUGGUGUUUGCCCCGCCCAUCACAGAGCUGGUGGGCGGACAGUGAGUGACGACGGACUUUGCUGAAGCCGCUGCUGAACCGACGUGGAGUCUGUAAAGAAGGUUCAAAUGGUUCCAGUGAGAGAAAGAACUGAUAGCUGCACUGAUGUCAGUCAUUAUUCUGUUUACUUUACAGCACAAACUAAAACAACACCAAUCCGAGUCACAGUUGUGAAGCUAAAUUAGCAUAGCACAAAAAACAUCCUGUCCUGGUACUGAUUGUUGAACAAAAGUUCAACCUGUUUCAACCUGAAAGCACUUUACUGCAUAUUUACUUUUAAUUUACGACAGUGUGAUAAGUCAUGAACGCUAUGACACUUAAUGAUUUUAUAGUUUUUAUCUUUGUUUUCUUGACAACGUCAUCUGACUGACAGGGACAAAGACACUGUAGCCUGAUUAGCUCCGAUCACGUUAGCAUUUAAUCUAAACUACUCAUAGACACUGUGUGUUAUUAGUCAGACUUUAGCCCCUGUUGCUAAAUGUUAUCUUUUUAAAGUAAAUGUUUAAUUUCCUCAGUCCUUUAUGGAUUUUCUUUUCUAUUUUUUUAAUGUGAUUUAAUGUCACCCCUGGAGUUUACAUUAUGUAAUUAAAAUACAUUACUCAGUUUUUCAUGUCCAUUUACCUUCAACUUCGUUGUACCCCCGUGUUACAAUGACAAUAAAAGCUACUCUUUGGUUAACA